CAAUUACAAUAAUUUCAAAUAAAAAGUUGGUGAAAUGUCUGUGCGAACGGAGCUACUAAAAGGAAGUUUGAAAGGACUAGCAAACUAUGAAGUUUUUGUGCCACAGCUAACGAGACCAGUUUUACGUGUGCUAAUCCAAGUUUCUGUACAUUAUAUAGAGAGUCGAGUAUGUGCGCCCGAAAUCCUUGAUCUGGCACUUACAAAACUCUCCCAAACUGGAAUUGAGAUACCGGAAAAUUUUCGCGAAUUGUUUUCUGUCAUUUUACAGAUAAUGCAAAUAUUUCUGAGAACGCCAAAGGGUAGUGUUCGUGAAGAGGAUCUUCGUGAAGGAUUAAAACAGAUGGGUUUCAACGACGAAUGCAUUGGAGACUUCACCAAAGUAUUAUUGAACUAUAGAGACUCUCUAACGCUAAACUAUUGUGAUGUUAAAAGUAUGCGAUCUCCACCGAAACGCUUUCAAUGGUGUAUCAAUAUUUCAUUAGUUGACAGUGGUGUUGAGCGAAUCGCACAGCCAAUAAUCGUUUUUCAUAUGAUGUUACAAAAUGGUGAAUACAAAACCUUUGAGAUACCAAUCGCUAUGUUUCAUCGUCUUCGAUACAGUAUUGCAUAUUUACUUAGAGAAUUCCAAAUGAUUGAAAGUCGACAAAAAAGCCGAAGAUAAUAUUUAUGUAUGAUGUAUAAUUGUGUAUGAUAUAACAAUUAAAAAAAAGAAUUUGCCAUUCAUGCUCAUACGUAUUUACUGAA